GUGAAACUCCUGCAGAGGAAAGACUUUUCCGUCCCCUCCUCUCCGUCUCUCCUAGCCGGGCCAAGGCAUCUGUACGUGCAGAGAGGCAUGACCGUCCACUGAUAGAGAUACCUUGAGAAAUUAUACAGAAAUCGUUUUUGGCUUGACAACCGGAGGGCAUAACAGAAAAUAAGUAUAAUGGCCCCUACAGGCGUUAAAGAAACCUGGCUUUCAUUUUGUUUCUGUAUAGUUUUCUUCGCUCCGGUUCUGGUCGAAGCUCAGUAUGAGAAAUAUAGCUUUCGGAGUUUUCCAAAGAACGACUUAAUGCCACUUGAGUCUGCAUACGGACACGCUUUGGAGCAGUAUGGAGCGCAGAAUUGGGGGGACAGCAUCAAAUACUUGGAAUUAAGUUUGCGUCUUCACCGGCUCCUAAAAGACAGCGAAGCGUUUUGCAGCCAGAACUGUAGCACAGUCAGUCGGGACAAUGACACCCUCUUUGCGGACAGCAGUCUCCGCAUAAUGCGACAUUUCUUACUCCGUGCUUCGUGUCUAAGAAAGUGCAAGACGCAAUUUCCAGUGUUUACAGUAGCUUAUCCAAAAAGAGAUGUUCUGGAAGCUUUCGAGAAAAGAGUACCCUACCGGUACAUACAAUAUGCGUACUACCAGUUGAACAACAUAGAGAGGGCAGUGUCAGCGGCCCACACGUUCCUGCAGAAGAACCCAGAAGAUCCCUACAUCUCCAAGAACAUGAACUACUACAAGACCCUGUUCGAGUUGGACGAGUACCUCAUCGACCACGAGGAGCGGCCCUACGAGCUGCUGUUCCUGAAGGCUGUGAAGCUGUAUAACUCGGGGGAUUUCAGCGCCAGUGCUCGGGACAUGGAGCAAGCUGCCACGGAAUACUUCAAAAUCUACGACCUCUGCUUGGCCGGUUGUGAAGGGUCAUACGAGGUGACGGAGUACAAAGACUUUUACCCCACGCUAGCAGAACUUUACACAGAAGUGCUGAAGUGCACGGUUAAAUGUGAGGAGAACCUGAUGCCCAAUGUCGGAGGUUUCUUUGUGGAGAAGUUUGUGGCCACCAUGUACCACUACCUUCAGUUUGCCUACUACAAACUGAAUGAUGUGCGGAACGCGGCUCCCUGUGCGGCCAGCUACAUGCUGUUCGACGCCAACGACCAGGUGAUGCAGCAGAACAUGGUGUACUACCGCUUCUACCGAGAGCAAUGGGGCCUGGAGGAGAUGCAUUUCGAGCCUCGCCCGGAGGCACUGAGGUACUAUAACCAAACAACCAAGCAGAAGGAGAUGCUGGAGUUUGCACUGAACUACCUACAGACAGAUGAUGAGGGUGAGGUUAGUCCUGAGGAAAUGGCUGACGCUCCCACGACACUCUCUGACAGUGAGUUUGAGGGGAUUGGGGACUACGAAGAGUCCUUCAUUGCAGACUGGUGGCAGGAACCCAAAACCAAGGGAGACACUGGAGAACCAAUAGUCUGACCCCCACACCCCACCCCAAAAAAACAAAAUCACUCCUCCCCCAAACAGAACACUUGUCUUGAGGAAAAACGAACCAAAGAAAAUGGACAACUCUACACAGCCACAGACCAUCCCCAUCCAGAAAGGCCAGAACACCUGAUACAUCUGAAGUCAUCCCAUACAGCAUAAUUCAGCAAUAAGGCUCGAACAGGUGUUACAUGGACAUUAUUUGACAGCUAAGUUUGUUCUUUGGCUAUUAUAAACUAGUUUACAAUGUAAUUACAACAGUUACAUUUUGUUUUUGUCCUGGUAUAUGAUCUGAUAUACCACAGCCUUUAAUCAAUCAGCGUUCAGGGCUCAAACUACAUGGUUUAUAACUACAAACACGUAGAGAAACACACUCAGGAGGUAGAAUUAGCAAUGCCGCUUGAAAAGUUUCACUUUUUACUAAAUUACACAAACACAUGUUGGUGGACAUAUAGUUGAGAUCAGAACUGUCCAAAUCUUGACACAAGAUAGUAUUCAGGACUCAGUUGUUGUCACAUUCCUUAUUCAAUUGCAUUUGUGCCUUUUAGUCCUGGUAGAUAGUAUGGGAAUGAUCUAUCUAUGCCUUCUGUCAAUAUGUAGGCUGUUUGCCAAUUAAUGGUCACCUAUUUUUGUGUCCAGUGGAGAGAAUAAAAUCCACAUGAAAAUAUUUCUGCAAGAAUGUGGAAUAAAGUUUUAGUACGUC